CAUUGACAACUGUCAUUCUCGACACUGACAGCUGACAGCUCGACUGCAAAAUUGACAUUCGUUCCAGACUCGAUUCCAACAAAAUUAAAAAGUAAUAAUGUCGGGUUUGCCUGCUGCCGUUCGUGUCUCCCCACUGAUUAAGUUUGGUAGAUGGAGUUUGCUCACGCUGGGGGUGGUAUACGGGGCAUUCCACCAAGGUAGGUUAUCCAGAAAGGAAGCCGCCUUCAGAGAAGUCGAAGACAAACAGAAAGCGAUUAGGGAUGCGAAAGUGGCUGAAGAGAAGAAACGAGCUGCCGAAAGAGAAAUUGCGGAAUUGGAGGCCCUGGCAAAAUAAAAAACUGAUGUUGUCUGUUAGUUAGUGAAUUAAAGGUACUUGUAAUUAA